UUUGUAAGGUAACUUACAGUUGGGCAAUUAGCUUGGUAGGGGAUCGUGCUACCCAAUACAAAUACAAACGUGCAUGACAAAUACAAACUUACAAAUUUAAACUGCUUUGACGAUGUGAUGACAAACAAGGGACCUACUAAUCUAUUAUAUAACAAGCUAAAGAUGGCCCUUGGCGGUCGAUAUGAUCAACAAUACCAUCCCUGAACUCUUCAAUAUCAGCUUGGUUAAUUAUCGAUCAUACGACUUACAGUAAUGGCCAUUCACUUUGGAGCUUCUUCCUCUUCCUCUAGCACUCCUACCAGCCAGUCCGGAACAUAUGAUGUUUUUCUGAGUUUUAGAGGUGAGGAUACACGCAACACUUUCGUAGGCCAUUUGUACCACAAUCUGGUUCAAAGGGGAAUCAAAACGUUCAGAGAUGAUGUUGAGCUUGAAGGAGGAGAUGAAAUAGCAGCUGCUCUUCAGAAAGCAAUUGAAGAAGCAAAAUUUCUUAUCGUCGUUUUCUCUAAAAAUUAUGCUACCUCGAAUUGGUGUUUAGAUGAACUCGCUAAGAUUAUGGAAUGCAAAGAGGUAAACAAUCAAAUUGUUUACCCUAUUUUUUAUAAGGUAGAUCCAUCGGAAGUACGGUACCAAAAUGGUAGUUUUGGUGAGGCACUUGCUAAGCAUGAAAGAAGAUCCAAUGGAAACACGGAGAAGAUCAUAAGAUGGAGGAAAGUUCUCACACAGGCAGCAAAGUUGUCUGGUCGGCAUUUCUUGGACGGCGGACAUGAAGCUGAUUUUAUUGAAACAAUCGUUGGAGAGAUUUCGGCAAAACUGCUAGACCUUACACAUUUAGAGGUAGCAGAGUAUCCAGUUGGAAUCGAGUCUCGUGUAGAAGAUAUGCUCAAUCUUUUACAUGUUGGGGAAAAUGAUAUUCGGAUGGUAGGUAUAUGGGGAAUUGGCGGAAUUGGAAAAACUACGGUUGCUAAAGCUGUCUAUAAUCAGAUUGCCCAUGAGUUUGAAGGUAGAUGUUUUCUGAAAAAUGUCAAAGAACAUGGACACCUAGCUCAACUACAAGAGCUUCUUCUUACAAAGAUGCUGGGGAACCUGACAUUUAAGGUGUCCAAUGAUGAUGAGGGAGUCGAGAUCAUAAAAAAAAGGCUGAGACAAAAAAAAGUUCUCAUAGUUAUCGAUGACGUGAAUCAUGUGAACCAGUUAAAAAAAUUAGUCGGAGGUGCUAAUUGGUUUGGCCAAGGUAGUAGAAUCAUUAUCACAACAAGAGAUUUGCAACCUUUGACUGACCACAAUGUUAAUGAGAUAUAUGAGGUCAAGAAACUAAAUCAUGAAGAUGCUUUGAAGCUCUUACGUCUGAAUGCCUUCGAAGGAAAUAGAAUUCUAGAGCAAGAUACCAUGGCAAUUAUUCAUGAUGUACUUCAUUACAGUCAAGGCCUUCCAUUAGCUUUGGUCGUUAUAGGGUCACUUCUACAUAAUAGGAGUACAGAUAAAUGGCCAACUGCACUAAGAAGUCACCGAAAAUCCGGUAAGGGAAUUCAUGAACUCCUGAAAAUAAGCUAUGAUGCACUGGCCGAAGACGAGAAAGAAGUUUUUCUUCACAUUGCAUGUUUCUUUAAAGGUAGAAACACGAAUUAUGUGAUAGAUAUACUGGGGGGUUGUGGCCUCAACCCCGGAGAUGGUAUUGACGUACUAAGAAAAAUGGCCCUCAUUAGCAUCACUAAAGAGGAGGAAAUUUGGAUGCAUGACCUGCUAGAAGAUAUGGGCAAAAAUAUAGUUAUCCAAGAGUCACCAACUGAGCCGGGAGAACGAAGUAGAUUGUGGAAUUACGAAGAUGUGCACCAUAUUUUUGUGGAAAACACGGGAACACACAAAGUUAGAGGCAUCGUGGUCAAUGGCAUCUUUCAACGACAACAGAUACCCUUGAGCAGUGAAAGCUUCUUAAAGUUGAAAAAUCUUCAAAUUCUUAUGAUCUCCAGAGAACUAUUCAAUGAAGAAAAUGUGUGUGUGGAUUAUCUGCCCAACGAAUUGAGGCUAAUUGAUUGGGUGGGUUGUCCUUUACGGUAUUUUCCGUCGAACUUUUAUCCGAGGAAUCUUGUUGUACUCAAGAUGGAUUUCAGCAGCCGAUUACCACUAACGCGAUCUGAGAUAGUGAUUCCACCCAUACUUGGGACGUCACCACUGGGGAAGGGAUUACAGAUCAUGGAAAAUUUGAAAACAAUCGAGUUGGUUAGUUGCAAUGGUGUAACAAAAAUUUCCGACUUGUCUAGAUUCCCAAAUUUGGUAGACUUGAAAGUACAGUUAUGUGGAAGUUUAAAAGAAGUUACGGUUGGGGUUCUGAAGAAUCUUGUUAAUUUGGAACUUAGUAGCAACAGAGAACUUAGUAAGUUCAAAAUUGUGGGGGAGAUGGAAUCCUUGAAACGCCUGAAUCUGCAGGGCACUGCCAUCAAAGAAUUGUCUUCAUCGUCAAUCGGAUAUCUCAAAAAUCUUGUAGAGUUAAAUUUACAAGCAUGCAAAAAGCUUACACAUGUGCCGGGCACCAUCUUCGAGUUGCAACAUCUACAGCAUCUUGAUCUCUCGUGGUGCCCACUGGUUACAUUUUCUGAAAUGUAUUCUAGUAACCGGAGGAAUUCGCAUGUCAAGUACUACGGCCCUUUAUUUGUCAAUGUGAGGCGAUGCACUAGUGUGGUAGAAAUUUCAGAAUUCGCAAGGGAAAUAGAUUCGUUAAAUGCCGGUAGUUGCUAUGCAUUGAGAAGAGUUUCGAAGUUGUCAAACAUUUUGGAAGGUAAAGAGUCAAACAUGUGUCGUCGGAUGAACUUGUUCAGUUGCCGUAUCCUGUGCAGCAAUCUGGCUCGUGACGUUUCAAAGUUGAAAGAAAAUUUACCGGAUAGUUCAGAAGUAACGGCUCUGUUGUCUCUUUUUCUCUCAUGUCUUCAAUCUGGAUUCGAGGUUACGUUUCCCGGAAAUGACAUUCCAGAAUGGUUCACCUGCCGUACGGGUUUUGGGCCGUUACCCUGGUCUCGGGAUGUCAAUAACAGAGGGCUUCGAGUAUACAAGUUCAGAAUUGAGUUUCCUGGAAAUUUCAAAUGGGAGAACAAAGGAUUGGCUUUCUGUGCUCAAGCUGAUGAAGAUUCCCAGUAUCACUUUAGACAUUUCAAAUUCCACUCUAUCUACAUUAAUGGCGUAUGCAUAGAGUCCAUAAUCUGGGAAGACACUUGGUUCAGGUUGGUGUUUGGUCAUGUGUGGUUGUACUAUAUUCCAUUCCAUACAAUAAUAAGACUGCUCAGGGAGAGUGGCUUACCACCACCUUCCUUGUGUCUAGUUGAUUUUCAAUUUGAAUAUCAAACCCUCCAAAAUUACUACUGGUUAUCGGAAAAGAGGGGAGCACUGAUGGGAAGCUGUGGACUCCACGUAGUAAUGCCAGAAGAUGAAGGCGUUUUUGUAAAUGGGCUGGUUCAUCAGCGAGAAUAUGAAAAUCAUCAGCAGGAACCAACAACUGUUUGAUUACAGUCCUCCAUCCUGCAUAGAAGCUAUGAGCUUCUGGCACGCCUUGCAGCAUUCCGUCCUUGAAACCUGCUUGCAGACAUUGUUCACAUCUCACGAAACACUUACCGGUAGAGAGCAUGCCAUCGAGAGACUAUAUGAUUGUCAAACUAAUGAUGCUAAGGAUGGUACAGAUUUUAAAGGGCUAGAAAUCAAACAUUCAGAAAACAGAGAAAAGGUGGGCUACGAUGCUCCAGAAGACGGAAGAAAUUUGGUGCGACAGUAUCAUGAGGAAAAUACGCUUCUGUUAAUAAGGUCUUGAAAAGCGUUGAUAACUUCAGAUGAAACUAGAUGGUUAAGAUAGUGCUUACAGGUAACAGCUUCUUAUCGAGCUCCUGUGUAUGUAUUCUUGGAGCAACCUAAUCCAGUAGCGUAGAUCUGAAAGACUGCAACAUGUUUGAAGGAGCAGAACAAGUAAAAGGCAAUGUCAAGUGAUUUCAAAGAAGGCUUUGUGUUCUUGGUAGCUUGCUACAACGGAUACAUU